CUGACUUAGAGAAGAAUGUUGCAUAGCUGCUAAGAAACACUGAAACAAAAGGGGAUCUCCGAUGGGUUCUCCGUCGUCUCUUUCGCCGCCGGAGGUGCCGAUGCAGCUACACGUAGCAAACCGCAACAAGCUCCUAGACUCAUUCCGCGAUCAUCUCUCCAUCUCCUCUCGCAAUCUCCACGGCUUCAUCCUUCUCCAGGGCGGCGAAGAGCAGAAUCGCUACUGCACCGAUCAUAUCGAAUUGUUCAGGCAGGAGAGCUAUUUUGCUUACUUGUUUGGAGUGCAAGAACCCGGGUUCUAUGGAGCUAUUGAUAUAGCAAGUGGAGACUCAAUACUCUUUGCUCCAAGAUUGCCUGCUGAUUAUGCAGUUUGGUUGGGAGAAAUUAAGCCAACUUCAUAUUUCAAGGAAAGCUACAUGGUUAGCUCUGUAUAUUACACUGAUGAGAUUGCAAAAGUUCUGAAUCAGCAAUACCGAGGACCAGGAAAACCGUUGCUUUAUCUCCUGCAUGGGCUCAACACUGAUAGUAACAACUUUUCCAAGCCAGCACAUUUUGAGGGGAUUGACAAUUUUGAGACAGACCUAAAUGCUUUACAUCCUAUUCUGACUGAAUGCCGUGUCUUAAAGUCAGCCUUUGAGCUUGCUGUGAUCCAGUUUGCCAAUGAUAUCAGCUCUGAAGCUCAUGUUGAGGUUAUGAGGAAAACAAAAGUAGGUAUGAAAGAAUAUCAAUUAGAAAGUAUGUUUCUUCAUCACACAUACAUGUAUGGUGGAUGUAGACACUGUUCGUACACUUGUAUAUGUGCAACUGGCAGCAACAGUUCUGUGCUACACUAUGGACAUGCAGCAGCUCCCAACGACAGGAUCUUUGAAGAUGGAGAUAUGGCACUGCUUGACAUGGGAGCUGAAUACCAUUUUUAUGGUUCUGAUAUAACUUGUUCUUUUCCGGUCAACGGAAAGUUUACUGAUGAUCAAUCACUUAUAUAUAAUGCUGUUCUUCUUGCACAUGAUGCUGUCAUAUCCAAUAUGCGACCAGGAGUAAGCUGGGUUGAUAUGCACAUAUUGGCUGAAAGAACUAUUCUUGAGUCGUUGAAGAAAGGAAACCUCUUGUUGGGGGAUGUGGAUGCUAUGGUUCAAGAACGGAUAGGGGCUGUCUUUAUACCUCACGGUCUGGGCCACCUUCUAGGAAUUGAUACUCAUGAUCCUGGCGGUUAUCUAAAGGGAGCCGAAAGACCGAAAGAACCUGGGUUGAAGUCUUUGCGCACCAGUCGAGAACUCCUUGAGGGAAUGGUGAUAACAGUAGAACCUGGGUGUUACUUCAUUGAUGCCUUGCUACUUCCUGCAAUGGAAAAUGCACAAACGUCUAAGUUUUUCAACCGUCACGAGAUCAGCAGAUUCAGAGGCUUUGGUGGGGUUCGAAUUGAAAGCGAUGUGUACGUUAGCUGCGAUGGUUGCGUGAACAUGACCAAGUGUCCGCGGACUAUAAAAGACAUCGAGGCUGUGAUGGCUGGCGCUCCUUGGCCAAUUAACACCACAACCAUUCCUUCUAUCAGUUCAAGUACUUAAUUAGCUUACUCCACCUACUGUUAACUUUUAUAUUUUCUACAUAUAUAUUUAGUGACAGUAUUUCAUAUAGAUAAAGAUUUGGAGCAUUCAUGUGAAAUGGUGUGUAAUUCUUGAAUUUAUCAGACUCUGAUCAUAUUUUGUUCCUGCA